UAUCUAACAGGGAAUUUAAUUCAGCUUUAAAUAAAAAUACUUUUUGUUUUAAAGAAAUAAUAUAUAAUGCAUUCAUGGUCAUGUUUUAGAUUUGUCUGUAAGCUUUUAACAAACUAUUACUGAAAUACACUAGAUUAUAAACUGACUGGUCAAUGCAUGGCAAGAUUCUUCUGCUCUUUUUUGUCAUCAGGGUGUAUGAGAAGCACAUGGAGCCUCAGUUUGUCCUUUUUUUUUUAACUGUGGGGUGUCCAGGAGACAGCUUUUUGAAUGAAGAGCAAUUCACAUUCCACAACAGAGAAAAUGAGCACCAUUUAAGAUGUCUCAUAGGGGUAGAAGGUUGUUUCUUUGCCCAUAGUCAUGUUUAUCCCUGCAGAACACUGUGCUAAUAGCUCCCGCAUACACCUUCUUACAAACUUUGUCAGAAGUACAGGGAUUUAUAGUUGUUUUCUUUUUUCCAGCAUGUUCUGUUUCCACCAUCAAAAGAGCCCUUUGAGAAUCCAUGGGGUUCUCAUGCUGUUUCUAAAAUAAAACCCCUGGUGUUAACACGAAGGCAUGUUUUCCUGCUACAAAACAUUCCUCCUGUUAGUCUGAAAGCUAGGAACACCAGAAAGCAACACCAGAUAUCUAUGGAGUCUCUUGGAGUGACACUGCUACCUGCAUUGCUUACUCUGAAUUGGGUCUUGGCUUCAGCCACCGGUGACUGCAGUGGCUUCAGGCAUCUUGAGAACGGCCGGACGUUUUUCCGGUAUAAUGGACUCUACGUCACUUUCAGCUGUAACCCUGGCUUCAGGUUGCAUGGCCACCGCACCAGCAGCUGUGUGUCUGGCCAGUGGGCUAGACAUCCACCACUGUGCGUCGCUCCAGGUUGUCCUAGUCCUGGCAAACUUCUGCAUGGUACAUCCGUGAUGUCUCCGGAUGGUUCGCUGGUCCAGUUCGCUUGUAACACUGGGUUCAGGCUUUUUGGUUCACCAUUGCUCUAUUGCAAAGGCAAGAGCUGGAAUGGUAGCAGUCCCGUUUGUAAAGAGUUAGACAUCAUGAACUUGUUCCAGCAAAAGCAAACAUCCUUGUACAAACCUGGUAUGGAGUUAAACCAAGACAUCUCCGAUCUGAAAAACCAUUUCAGUGCUGUUGCUAUUACAGCUGCCAAAGAGACCUUUCUAAAAUCAUCUCUGCUUGGGGCUCCUCAGCCCAGACCGCACUUGACUGGAGAUUUGUCUAUGAAGUCACAGAAACACCCAAACAUUCUAAAAAGACGGUGGCAUGAUCAAAUCACUACACAACAACCUGUAGGACCCAGGGACACAACUACAAAACUUAGUAACAUGCAAGGGCCAACUACAGUUGAAGAUCCGCUCAACCAACCGCUACUUCCAGCUACACUGGAGAACACUUCAACAGCCUCAAUCACCACUUCCCUUCCUGCAACUUUGUCAACCAUCUUGGUCACUUCAACUAUAAAUGAUCAGCAAGAAAACUCAACCCAGUGGCUACAUCAAAUGCUUUCAUCUACACCCAAAGGAGAAGAUAACUACUUGACUUCACCAGCGCAGACGCAGCAUGAAAUUUCAGUAACACCUUUACAAUUUAUUAAUGUAUCAAAAGGAACUAAUUUUGACAUAACAACAACUGCUUUAAGUGAAGUCAAAACAUAUUCAAACACUCUUGAUACUGCUCCUACUGUGUCCCCAGAAAUCCUUAAGCAUAGUCAUGUAUCUAGUAACUUCAAUGUCCUGAUUGAAUCUUCUACUGAUGAAGAUAUUUCACAGUCUUUACAGGUUACAGAGGAAGUGAGCACAGUUGUCUCUACAAUAAGCUCUCUUCACCUCCCAGGAUCUAAAAAUGAGCCUCUUACCUCAAAAGCACUUCCAACUCUUAUGACUAGUUCCCCACCACCUGUUCCUGCUGGGAUCCAUGAUGGAGAAUAUUUCCUCUGGAGUACUUCAACAACCGGUGCUGAGGAUGAUUUUCCGGCCAUGACGGAAAUGCCAACAGCACGUAUCCCUGCCGUACACUCAUCUCUGGCUGUUACUACAAGAGAUUUCCACCCGAAGCAUCCAGAAACAGGUCACACAAUGACACCUCAGGAACAGACGGAUCCUCGUAGACUUUCUGUUGGUCAUAUAGAUGGAGAACUAUAUGAUAUUUCAAGAUCAGGCAAAAUUGGUCCUGCCAGCACUGGUCUUAAAAACAGAUGGAUCAGUAAUCAUGAUCAGAAAAAUGUAACAGCUAAGCAAAGUGUGUUGAACCAGACACCGGACUCUGGGUCAAUAAUCCACCCCAGUAAACGAAGACCUGUGUGUCCUUACCCUCCCUUACCAGCUCACGGAACAUUCUACUUCCAUACAAUACCCGACCCUGCCCCAUUCCAGUAUAAGCAUUACAUACAAUACGCCUGCUAUGCUGGGUACACUCUGGCCAAUGGGGAUGUGUACAGCUAUUGCCUACAGGACGGGCAGUGGAGUGGGGUCACACCCAUGUGUAUCGGGUUAACUCCAUGUUCUGUGAAUAACGGAGGCUGCUCUCAAGUGUGCCAGGUGAAUGCACACAAUCACAAUCACGCAGAGUGUCGCUGCCAGCCUGGCUUCCUGCUGCUCGGGGACCAAAGGACAUGUCGAGAUCUGGACGAGUGUGUGGAGGGUCUUCAUGAGUGCCAGCAGGUCUGUGAAAACACCUUUGGCUCAUACAGGUGCAGCUGCAGGCUUGGAUUCCAGCUUUCACCUGACAGGAUGUCCUGCACUGAUGUGAACGAGUGUGUGCUGCCUGCUGGCUUGACUCGCUGUGUGUUUGGUUGCGUCAACACACCUGGUAGCUUUCGCUGUCUCUGUCCUGUGGGAUAUAGCAUGAAUAUCACAGACGGACACUGUGAAGAUAUAGAUGAAUGUAUGGAGAAUGCGGGUCUCGGACCAUGCGCUGAUGCCUGUGUGAAUGCUCCAGGCUCUUUCCGUUGUGUCUGUUCAAACGGAUAUCAGUUAGCUGGAGACGGGAUGAGCUGCGUCCCCGAGUGUCCACCAGGAUACCGCAGGAAAUAUCCUGAUCUGCUGGGAGGAAAUUCAACCCCGCUGGCGUGUGUCGAUAUUAACGAGUGUGAAGAGAUGGAGCAACACCACCAGCAGCACAAGUGUGAAUGGAAGUGUGUUAACUUGCCAGGCACACACCGCUGCAUCUGUCCACGUGGAUACACACAGCAUCCAAAUGGCUACCAGUGCAAAGAUAUCAAUGAAUGUACAGUGAGGAAUGGGGGCUGCUCCCACAUCUGCAUCAACCACAGAGGUGGCUACAGAUGUGCUUGUCCUGAAAAUUACCGGACCUCUCCUCACAGCAGGAAGAAAUGCCAGCCAGUUUAACAUUCACAAGGGGUUCCACUCUUUAUUUACUCAUCCACCUUGUCAUAUAUGUGUAAGGUCUAAUGUAUUUUAUGUAUUUAAGAUUUUUGUACAUAAAAGUUAAAAAUAGAAAAAGUUAAUUAUUUUCUUCUACUAAAGAACUCCAACUCCACUGUGUGCUUUUUGUGUGUG